CGUAUGUUCAUAAAAAUUAAAGUACGGAUGUUUAAUAUAUAUAGGUUGAGGAUAGUCAGCUAAAGUCCGUUUGAUGUGUCUGUCAAAGACUAGUAGUCAGUGUAGUGUAACACGUUGUUUUGGUUUGAUUUGCGUGUAUAACGGAAUUUGUGAAACUAGACAUGAAACAUGGUGAACUAUAUUUGUUAGUUUAAGUAUAUGUAAAGAUGGAUAUGGAAAAAUUUGGAGAACUGAUGAAGGCGAAGGAACCGGGUCCAUGGCCAGAGUUUGAGGGAAUUCGUUAUCCACCCGCACCUCCUUUUAGAGAAAAAGGGGUAGAGAAGGCUUUACAAGACAUACUUCACUUUCAGUCCAGAGAAUCAGAUUUGUUGAUCUGUACAUAUCCAAAAUCAGGAACGCAUUGGAUCUUUGAAAUCAUCAACAUGUUGCUUCGAAACAAGACAGAACUGGACACCCAAUGUAAAGUUUCGACGAUGAUAGAAUUUAUUUCUGAUUUCACUGUUCUAGAUAAACUUGAAUCACCAAGGCUUCUAAACUCCCACUGCUUAUUUAACUAUCUACCAAAGAAACACAUCGAAAAUGGAUGCAAGAUAAUUCACAUGAUUAGAAACCCAAAGGAUGUUUGUGUUUCCCUUUAUUAUCAGUUUAAGAAACAUCCUUUUGUAGAUUUUAAAGGAUCCUGGGAUGAUUUUUUCGAAAUAUGGAUGUCUGACAAAGGUUUCUAUGGAUCUUGGUACAAUUAUGAGAAGGAAAUGGAAAAAGCAGAGAAACUCUAUCCUGGCAUGAUAUUAACUUGCUAUUAUGAGAAAAUGAAAAAGGAUUCCACAACAGAGAUAAAGAGACUGGCUGAUUUCUUAGGAAUACAAUGCACAGAAUCAACGUUAAAAGAUAUCGCUUACGCAACGUCAUUCCAGAAUAUGCAACAACAUAACAUGCAUAAGUUAGAUUCUUCAAAAGAACUUGAUGGAAAAGGCUUCAUUUAUCGAAAAGGGGAAAUAGGAGACUGGAAAAACCAUUUUACAGUUGCACAAAAUGAGCGCUUUGAAGAACAGUAUACAGAAAGGUUUAAGGACAGCACAUACAAGCUCACUUUUGAAUGACACUGUUAAUGACUGUAUAUUUAUGUCACUAUAUUUAAAUUUUUGCAAUAACUGUGUACAACCUUCUCUGAUUUUUACUUCACUUUGUAUGUCAUGUUUUAUUUUAUCAUACACUGUUUUCAAUAAUUAAGUUUAACUAACCAAACAGUUCCUAUUUCAAAGUAUCCUCCAUACAUGAUAUGCUGGCACAGCUCUGCUUUGCAAACUGUUGUCUCUUCUCCGGGCUUUUUGGUUUGUAAAAAAACAUCAUGCUUUUAAUAUAUUCAUGCUUUUUUCAAUUGCAUAUUCUGCGUAUGCUUUUGGUGACCAAUGUCUUUGAAUAUCUUCAACCUAUAACAGAUAUUUAUAUAUUGAUAUUUUUUCUUAGAUUUUACACCCUUCUAAGUAUUAUGAAGUGUUACGUGUUAUAACUCCAAGUACUGCAUGUUCAUUUAAAAAAUAAUGGUGAAAUGUUUCUGCAUGCUUUAUAUAUUUAACCCUAUAACGGCACCUUAUUUAGGAUUAUGGUCAUAUGGUAUAUGGUAUCUUUUUAUGUUGUGCAAAGAAUUUCAGAAAGUUAUAAUGUUAUCUUUUGAAAUAAAAGAUCCUAAAAUAAAAGUUACCAUUAUUAUUCAAAUAGGACUAGUUUCAUAUUUUUUUCUUCAGUCAUUUUCUAAUAAGAUAACAAAUGUCUCUAGCAUGGUCGAAGUAAUUUGGUUUCUGAUUUUUUGACGUCACUGCUGUUGUGGAAUAAAAAAUAGCACGUGUGGUCUCAUUUACACAUGACUAUAUGUUAAUCCUAAAUAUGUCAAGUCAUUAUUCAUUGGUCUUUGUGUUAUGAAUUACAUGUAGAGUGUGCCCAUUCUUUUGUAUCACAAGAUUGACAUGAUAUUAUUGUUUUAAACCUUGAGUUCAUAUACCCUUAUGGUCUAUGUAAUUAAAAAUCUUACAAGUCAUAAGUGUUCGAUUAGAUAUCAUUUGUUUCUUCUUAAUUUUUCGGAGAUUGAAAAUUGUGUUACAUGUAAUGAAUUACAAAACUCGAAGUUAUGAGAAAAUGGACUAAAACCAAUCUCACCAUCAGAAGUAACAAAUGUGUUUUUGCUUUUUCUUCAACUCUUGUGUAUACUCAUGGAUCAGUUGGUGGUACUUCCUAAUGCUUUCUCUUAAACGAGUAAUAUCUUUUCUAAAUGAUGUGCUAUGUUGAAUCUGACAUUCUCCAAGAAAUAAAUUAUCAUUUUAAUGUAUUUUCUUGCAAAUUUAAAAGGAAAACAAAUAUUUCACCAAACUUGUUUUCUUGCUUCAACUAAAAAAUGAAAAUUUUGUGAACAUGUCUUUGUACAAAAAAUAACUAAAAGUAUUAUCUUCCAUUAAACGGCUGUGUUGAUAAA